AUCUGACACAGCGCCGCAAUGUCCGUCGCUAACAAACGGAGACACAUACACGCAGUCGGAGUUCCUGUCGCGGCUUGCAAACGAAUGUCGUUACGACAAGCUGCUGCUGCCAACCUACAAGACCAACAACGUUGUUUACGUUCACGCAAGCGCUUAUGUUUACUUCAUACAACCUGCCGAAGCACAUGACUUGAAUUUCAAACUACAUUUCCUUCUCCAACUCCGGUGGACAGACGACCGGUUAGCAUACAGUCUGCACUCCCCAAAACGAACAAAAAUCAUCGGCGAAAAUGACUUGCGGCAGCGCAUAUGGGUUCCUCACCUAUACAUGUCAAAUGAACAAUCGUCAAGCUUGAUGGGGACAGACAGCAAGGAUGUCCUCAUAUCUAUUGCCCCGGACGGCGAGGUGGUCUUUAGCAGACGUCUGCAAGCCGUUCUGUACUGCUGGAUGAAUUUGCAGAAGUUCCCUUUUGAUGAUCAGACGUGCUCUAUGAAUCUUGAAAGUUGGAAAUACAAUGCAUCAAUCUUACGUCUAAUGUGGGAAAUGGACAAUCCAGUCCGGUUGUCUUCCGAGUUGCAUCUCACAGAAUACUCACUCAUGGACUUUUGGACAAACGAAUCGGUGGUCAGAGGAGACAUUAUAAACAUGCGCGUGGGAGGAGCUGGUAACUACAGCGCUCUUAAGUUCACGUUCAAGCUAGGUCGUGAGGUCGGCUACUACCUAAUGGACUAUUUCAUUCCGUCAAUGAUGAUAGUGGCUAUGUCCUGGGUCUCAUUCUGGCUACAUGCUGAUGCUUCGCCGCCUAGGAUCACUUUGG